ACUACUACCACAAAGACCAUAAGAACACGUCUCCUACUCCUUCAGUCCCAAAAAAUUUCCAUUCCAACUGUUAAAGAAGACUAAAAUCAUCUGAACCCAGAAACCCUUUUUAGUCAUUUACAGUUCCCAUGCACCUAAAUAACGUAGAAAAACCGCACUCAUCAAUAUAAACUCUUUGCCCACUUACAACCUCUAGCUUUCUUUCAUUAUAUUCAAAGCUAUAGCCCUCACCCCACAAAACAGAGAAAAAAAAAGUCUCUACUUUCGAAAACAAAAGAAAAAAAAGCCAUCACAACCAAAAGUCCUUUGCCCAAAAACCCAUCAAAAAAAUGGAUCGUUUCAGGGCAAAAGAGUUUGUCAAACUCUUGUUAGUGAUAUCAGCUGUUUCAGCUCUUCAUAUGGUCAAUGGAUUGGAUGAAUCAAGAAAGCUUGAUGAAACCCCAGCUGUUCCAACCGGGAGUACUGAUGAAAAGUGCACGCCGUGCACUCAAUACCCGUCACCACCUCCGCCAUCUCCUCCGCCUCCGUCGCCACCACCGUCGCCAAAGAAGCCACCAUCUCCGGCGACCCCAUACUGUCCUCCUCCGCCGUCUUCGUUCUUAUACAUAACUGGUCCUCCAGGAGAGCUUUAUCCGAUCGAUCCGGACUUCACCAAUGAUGCUGGUAAGAGUAUUAGUUCCUUUAAGGCCAGGCUACCAGUUUUGAUUGGUAGUGGACUGUUCGCUGUUCUAGCUUUAUGGUAAAAAAAAAGUAACAAGCAUUUUAAGGGGCUGGGCACAGAAUUUUUAGUACCAUGGAUCAUGUAAUAAGAUUAAAAUUCAAGAAAGGAGAAGGAAAAUUUUGUACCCAAUUAUUAAAAAGAAAAAAAAAAGGUGAACGAACCUUUUUUUAGUGCUUAUAUGGGUAAUGGGGGAACUUGUUUUAGAUCAUCAAAUUGUUCGUGGAUGAACUUUUUCUUUUUUAUCUUGUUAAUGAUCAAUCUCAUCGGAAAUCGUAUCGAACUCUCUUUACUUUUUGUCAAUAAAGAUGUGGAUCUAACUUUUUA